ACAGACAUUUUUACCAUUCCUCUCAGGCUUCCCGUCACCGUGAAAACAGUAGCCUCUCUGGAUUUAUUUUAAAACACACCGAGUUUUUUUUGCAUAUUGACGAAUAACGUAAUCAAGAUGUUCUAUACAUGUGGACCCAAUGAAGCCAUGGUGGUGUCUGGCUGUGGCCGAUCACCUCCUUUAAUGAUUGCUGGAGGACGGGUCUUUGUCUUCCCAUGUAUUCAGCAGCUCCAGAGAAUCACACUGAACACCCUGACUCUUAAUGUGAAGAGUGACAAGGUCUACACCCGCCAUGGUGUCCCCAUCUCUGUCACUGGCAUUGCUCAGGUGAAGAUCCAGGGUCAGAACAAGGAGAUGUUGGCCACUGCCUGCCAAAUGUUUAUGGGGAAAUCUGAAGCAGAGAUCUCCCAGAUUGCACUAGAAACACUGGAGGGACACCAGAGAGCUAUUAUUGCUCAUUUGACUGUGGAGGAGAUCUAUCAGGAUCGUAAGAAGUUCUCUGAGCAUGUCUUCAAGGUGGCCUCCUCUGACUUGGUGAACAUGGGAAUCGGUGUUGUCAGCUACACGCUCAAAGAUGUCCAUGAUGAUCAGGACUACCUCAAUUCUCUGGGUAAAGCCAGAACAGCCCAGGUGCAGAAGGAUGCCAGGAUUGGAGAGGCUCAGUACAAACGGGAUGCUGUCAUCAGGGAGGCCCAUGCCAUGCAGGAGAAGGUGUCUGCUCAGUACGUGAAUGAAAUUGAGAUGGCAAAAUCCCAGCGCGACUACGAACUCAAGAAGGCAACGUAUGAUAUUGAGGUCAACACCAAGAAGGCGGAGUCAGAAAUGGCCUAUCAGCUCCAGGUGGCCAAGACAAAGCAGCGCAUUGAGGAGGAGACAAUGCAGGUCCAGGUAGUGGAGCGCACGCAGCAGAUUACUCUGCAAAUUCAGGAGAUCAUCCGCAAGGAGAAGGAGCUGGAGGCAAAAGUUAAGAAGCCUGCUGAAGCAGAAAAGUACCGUCUGGAGAAGCUGGCUGAGGCCCAGCGCUUGCAGCUCAUCAUGGAGGCUGAGGCAGAGGCAGAGUCCAUCAAAAUGAAGGGAGACGCAGAGGCUUUCGCCAUUGAGGCCAAGGGUCGUGCCGAGGCAGAGCAGAUGGCCAAGAAGGCUGAGGCCUUUAAGCAGUACAAGGAUGGAGCCAUGGUGGACAUGCUGCUGGAGAAACUGCCACUGAUGGCAGAGGAGAUCAGCAAGCCUCUGUCAGAGGCUAAGAAGAUCACCAUGGUGUCCAGUGGUGGCUCAGAGGUUGGAGCAGCCAAACUGGCAGGAGAGGUGCUGGACAUCAUGAGCAAGCUGCCACAAACCAUAGAGAAGCUGACUGGAGUGGAUAUUUCUCUGGCUUCAGUUCAGACUACCCGUGUGCAUUGAGAAGAGAAGGAGGAGAAGUACCGAGGAGCAGUGUCACUAAUAUUCAGAUCAGGAGCUCCAAGCCUCCUUGUGCCGAAUCCCACUGGAACGACUCCGCCACCACUGUAGUCCUGUCUGAUUGUUUGUGUACAUGCAUGUGUUUCACCUGUGUGUGUCUGUCCAUGUCACUGAUCUGAGGUGUUGUAAGUUCUGCUGUUGGUGACGGCAAAAGCAGCUGUGAGGGAUUCAGUUAUUCAUAAAGCUACUUAGUUUGACUGGAGCAGACAAAGCGCCUCGACCCUCUGUAGUCAGUGAUAGUUCAAAUUGUGAAGUCUUUUUCUUUUCAUUCUUACCAUUCAGUAUGCAUGAUUUUACUCUCUCAUCAAAAUCAGACUCAUAUUUAUCCACAGGGACACGGUCAAUAAACACUUUCUUUUUUUUUUUUUACUCUUAAAUAUGGUUUAUUUUUUCUUUUAAUUCACUUAAUGCUGUUGGAACUCUUUAUCUCAGCAGAACCUCAUACUAUUAUUGAUGUGUAUUGUUAGUGUCAUUGUUUUAUAGUGAGUACUUAAUGUGACGCAGCUUUGCUUUAAUUAUAUUUAACAAAAAGGCAGACAAAGCUGACGUGGUUCUAGAUUACUCGACAUGUAUCGGUGUAACUACUACAUUACUUUGCCCACAAUCAUAUCAGCUGUACUAAAAGUGGAGAAGUAGUUUUGCUUGCUUUAUGAUGAAGAAAAAGGAAGUGGUUGGUGGAAACGAGAUCUUGAGGUUUCCCGUGAAAGGCAGCGAAGGUAUGUUACAGUGAGAGGAAAAACGUUGUGACGAUUGUCUCUGCUGCGGUGUCUUCAGGAGUCUUGAAUGUCACAUGACAAGAGUAAAGGAUUGCUAACUAACCAACUAACCAGCAUGCUGUUUUGAUGUGCGUGUUGCCUGAAGUUUGAAAUGACAUACAGGAGACUUUGUGAUUUACUGAUCAUAGUGAAUUUCUAUUACAUUGUUAUGCUGUGUUAUAGUUUGGUUUAGAGGUUUUAGAGUUUGGGUCUUCAUCUGUGGGGGGUUUUGAGUGACAGCUCAGUACCUCUGAUUGGGAACUUGGGGGUGAUUUUAUAUUUCCCACUUUUGCCUUUUCUACCUAUCCAAAUGUUUUCCAGCUGCAAAGCCUUAUGCAUUUUUUUACCCUCAAGUGCCUGGUAAAAACUCCUCAACAGCCAAGUCAGGUUGGCUCCUCUACUUUGUCAAAAAUGCCUAUUACACUUCUGUCAGGGAAAAAUGGUGUGUAUCUGUUAAACAAUCGUAAGCCAUUAGCCAUCACUAUCGACGGCUGUAGAUGAAAGCCAAAUAGUUGAUACUGCUUUAGGUUCUUGUCACUAAUCUUUUUUACUUUCCUUAACAAUUUGUUGUUGCAUGUUAGUCUUUGAAAACUGAAACAACUUGUAUGUUAGUGUCCAAUAUGAAAAACUUUAUAUGUAGUGAAAUGUUCUAAGAUACUGUAGACAAUAAAGUAUGGAUUAAUCACUUAAA